AUGGAGGGAGCUGAGAGAAAGGACACCGAGUGGUUGGGCAAGCUGGAGGUCUUGUUCGAGAGAGCUGAGCUGCAACCCGCCAUUCAGAAAGCUUGGUUUUUCUUUGGUUCUGUUACUUCUUAUAAAGAUUCACUGAUUUUAGUUUCUUGUUUGCUUUUGUUUGUGUGUGGUAUUGGCUUUUUGAACAAUUUUGAUGAAAAUCUGGAACCUAUUGCAAAAUGUGAUGUGAUUGGGUUUUCUCGCUGUAGUUUGCGAUUUUAUUUGUUAGAUUUGCAAGAUGCUGGUGUGUCAAUAAUUAUUGCUCCAAGAUUCUGUGUUUCAUAUCCAGGUUAUGAAAGUGAAUUCUUCCAGGGCUAUGUGAUUUAUCGUGUCCGUGUUAGACGUGGUGGUAGGAAGAGGCCUGUUCCCAAGGGUAUUGUCUAUGGUAAACCGACCAACCAGGGUGUGACUCAACUGAAGUUUCAGCGGAGCAAGAGGUCUGUUGCAGAGGAGCGUGCUGGUAGAAAAUUGGGAGGUCUUAGGGUUCUUAAUUCAUACUGGAUUAAUGAGGAUUCUACUUACAAGUAUUUUGAGGUAAUUAUGGUUGAUGUUGCACAUAAUGCUGUCCGGAAUGACCCAAGGAUCAACUGGCUCUGCAAUCCUGUUCACAAGCACAGGGAGCUCAGGGGCCUCACUUCUGCCGGGAAGAAAUACAGGGGUCUACGAGGAAAGGGACAUUUGCACCACAAGAAUCGCCCUUCUCGCAGGGCAACCUGGAAGAGAAACAACACUCUCUCCCUUCGUCGCUACCGUUGAGUUCAUUGAUGUGCUUGAAAUUGUUUCUUCAUGGAUUUUGUCUAGAGGACAAAGUAGUUAUCAUUUUGAGCUUGAAAUUAUGGAUGUUGAAAUGCUUGGACUUCACUGUUUUGGAAACCUGACAGUCUAGGUUAAAAUGUUGAGCUUCUCGAUUUUGCAUUAUGUAAGUGGUUGUCAAAGAGGUGGCUAUUUCAAAAUUUUCAAGUAAUUUACCAAUGGCGUAUUGACACUUAGUUCUGUACUUUCUAUUCAUAUUUUCAAAUGAAUUGAAGGUUUGACUCCAA